UUCAGUGUGCUCCUCCAGCUUGGCAGUGGUGGGUGUAUUUCUGACGCUUGGGAUUUAACUUUUGGAUUAUUUCUCUCUCAGUGCUGACGUACAUGGGCGCAUCCGAACCGGGAAGGCCAAGAGUAGGAUUGACUGCUAAUUUAUCUGGAGAUCGGGCAUUGCUGCAUCGAUGUAAACAAUGAUGGCCCCUCUACGACGAGUGAAGCUGACAGAGCUAAAUGCUCAUUUGGUGUGUGUACUUUGCUCUGGAUAUUUUGUUGAUGCCACCACUAUUAUUGAAUGUCUGCACACAUUUUGCAAGACAUGUAUCGUGCGAUACCUUCAGACCUCUUCGUUUUGUCCCAUCUGCGAUGUACAGGUUCACAAAACUAAACCACUGUUGUCUUUGCGAGAGGACCGAACAUUACAGGAUGUUGUGUUUAAACUGGUGCCUGGCUUGUUUCACUCUGAAAUGAAUAGACGGUUCUGCUUUUAUAAAGAACAUCCAGAAGCAGGUGGAGAUAAAACUGAACAGAGUUUGAGAGAACGACGUCAUUUCUUCCACGCUGAUGACCAGAUAUCCUUAUCCUUAGAGUACCUCCCUGCUACUCCUUCCCUAAACCAUUCACAUCUUCACCCCCAUAUCAUAAAACCUCUGAAGGUCAGUAACGGCCAACAGGAGAAACAGAAGCUAACAGGAGAUAAGGAUGGAGUAACAGGAGGGAAGGAAGAGGUGAAGAAGGAAGAUGGAGUGGAAGAACGAGAGGUGAACGGUAUUAAGAUGGCACAUAAAAGAUACCUGAGGUGUCCAGCAGCAGUGCAGGUGUCACAUCUGGAGAAAUUCAUCCGACUGAAGUACAGUCUGACACCCUUGACUCAUAAGGUAGACAUUAUGCAUGGUGGUGACUGUUUGGUGGGUGAAUUAACUCUGCUGGAUGUGGUAUACAUGUACAAAUGGACAGAGGAUGCUCCUCUUCGUUUGAUGUAUACAGUUACUGCUAUUCCUCAAUCACGCAAAAGACCCAGACCGAGUGGAAUGAGAGCUCCAGUUACCACUGACCCUGAAGCUCCACCCUCUAAGAUUGCAAGAACUCAAUCAUCCUGUGUUCAGGCAUCCCACCUUCAUGUGUCGCCACAUAUGCCAAAAGGGCAAGAUGCUUCAAGGGAUCAGAGCGAAUGCUCGCCAGUGACAAUUGCUGAUUCUGGUGAUAUAAAAAUGGAGGUAAAUAAAAUUGAUGAAGUUCAGCCUUCUCAAUAUACCUCUAAUAAUCACAAAACCAGUGUGAUGCCUACAGAUGAUUCUGUAUGUUCACAGAAUCUUCCAAGCACAAGCCUUGUUAACAUAAGUUGCAGUAGUACAGGUAGUGCAAAACAGUUGUCUGACUCUGCUCCCACUAGAGGUCGACCAGCUCUUACAACCACCACAUUAGCUACAGCAACACCCCGAGUGGCCUUGGCACAUAUACCUUCACCUGUAAACCCCACCUCAAGCACAUCAGUUUCUGUUCAAGUAUCAGAACCGAUAAUGACCUCCCUCACCAUAACCCCAUCAGUUACCACUACAACUACCUCCCACAAUAGUCUUAGUAUUGCUUCAAUUGGAAAUGCUAGGAUGCACAUGUCACACAGCACUGUAAAUAACAUAACAGAAGCUGCCCUGAAGCCAGUAUGUGCUUCAGGUCCAUACUUGAACAAAAUGCUGCAACCAAUCAUUCCAACACGCCCUCGAUUGGGCCGGCCUCCAAAUUCAUCUCGGAUAACUGCUGCAACUAUGAAGCCACCAGCUCCAAGAUUAGGCAGUGUACAAAAUCCUCGCCUUCCUCCACCAGCCAGCAAGAAAAUGUCUCCAUCUGGUGUGAACUGUCGGGGAAAUCAAACAGUUUCUGCAAGUCUCAAUGUACAGAGUCGUUUGAGCAGUAUUAGUGGACCACCUGUGAAACUUGGUACUACAAAAGUUUCAGUUAAGAGAUCAAAUGAGGUCAUUAAAGAUAAUGGACAAAUUCCUAGUCAGUCAGAUACACAGGUAACUAAACCUCAGCUUUCAUUUCCCACCCCUAAUAUAUCAACAAUAAAAGACACUCAAGAUACCCAAUGCCCCCCAGAUAAGAAACCUAAUUUAUCUCCUAAAAUUCCAUCUACUACCUCUAACAGUCCAUCCACUACACAAACUGUUACACCAACUAACCAGGUGCAUGAAGAAGCACCACCUCUUACUACCAUUGACACUCAAGCUAUUCGCAUGACUCAAGAUACCCUGCCAGUGCAAUAUACAUCUGACAUUCAGGCUGUUAACCCGUCUCCUGAAAGCACAGCUCCUCAGAGGAUGCACGAUAUUACAGUCAGUCUUCCUAAUAACCAGUCUACUCAAAAACCUGGCUCUCCAACUAACCAACAACCUAAUACUCAAUCUAAUCAGCAAUCACCGAACACUCAGGUAAACCAGCGACCUGGCCAUCAAGUCAAUCGACAUCCCCCAAGUACCCAGGUCACCCAAAAGCCCCCGAAUACCCAGGCCAAUAAACGGCCCCAAAACACCCAGACCAAUCAAAGGUCUCCAAAUAUUCAGGCCAAUCAGCAGCCUUCAAAUAUAAAAACCAGUCAACGGCCCCAGAAUUCCCAAGCCAAUCAACGAUCCCCAAAUAUCCUGGCCAAUCAACAGCCUCCAAAUACUCAGUCCAGUCAGUCUUCAAAUACCCAGGCUAAUCAAAAGUUUCCAAAUACCCAGGAUAAUCAGCAGCCUACAAAUCCCCAGGCUAAUCAACAGCCUCUAAAUAUCCAUGUCAAUCAACAGUCAAAUACCCAAGGUAAUCAAUCUCCAAAUCCCCAGGUCAAUCAACAGCUCCCAAAUAACAAGGCCAAUCAACGGUCCCCUUCCGCUCAGGCCAAUCAGCGACCCCCAAAUACCCAUGCCAAUCAACGACCCCUAAAUAUCCAGGCCAGUCAACGACCUCCAAAUACCCAGGCCAAUCAACGACCCGCAAAUACCCAGACCAAUCAACGACCCCCAAAUACCCAGACCAAUCAACGACCCCCAAAUACCCAGACCAAUCAACGACCCGCUUCUACUCAGGUUAAUCAUUAUCCACCUGCACAGUCCACUCAGUGUUCUGGCACACAAUCUCAGCGUCCUUCUGAUACCCAACAUCUUGGUAAUGAAGGUAGUAAGUGGCCCACUACCAAUACCAAUCAACAGUUGCCUGGUACCAAAUCUAGCCUACAUAAUUCAGGCGUGCAUGUGACUCAGCAAAUCAAUCAGCAACCUUUGGGCACUCAAACUACUCAAAGCUCCCCAAGUAGCAGUACAAUGCAAAGGCCUGUCAAUCCUGUGCACCAGCAAGUCAGUAAUGCUAGUGCACAAAGACCAUGCACAACGGUUCAUCAGCGUUCACCUGCAACCUCGCUGGUUCAGCGGUCAACACCUGUCUCUUCACGUCCUCCUGGUAGUCCAGCUCCCCACAGACCACCUAGUAGUCCAGCACCUUAUCAACCCAGUAGCCCAGCACCUCAUCGACCACCUAGUAGUCCAGCACCUCAUCGACCACCUAGUAGUCCAGCACCUCAUCGACCACCCAGUAGUCCAGCACCUCAUAGACCAUCUAGUAGUCCAGCACCUCAUCGACCACCUAGUAGUCCAGCACCUCAUCGACCACCUAGUAGUCCAGCACCUCAUCGACCACCUAGUAGUCCCGCUCCCCAUCGACAACCUAGUAGCCCAGCACCACACGUACAGCCUAGUAGCCCAGCUCCCCACCAACAGCCUAGUAGCCCAUCGCAUCAACCUAGUAGUCCAACUUCCCAGGUACCGUCCAGUAGUCCAGCACCUCACCGACAAACUGGCAGCACUACACCUCGUUCACACAAUACCCUGUCAACACCUACAGUUGCUGGGCCCACACCAUCAAGAUCAACACCACCCAGAAUCACAUCAUCGACAUCGACAGUUUCAUUGACACUCGGUAACAAAGAGGCAUCACCAGCUUCCAGCUCUCUGGCAAGUAUGAGUCAUGUUGCAGGGUCUGCCAGCACAUCCACUAGUAUACCAAGUGGAAAGUCAACUGGAUCAAAGUCUGGAAUGACAUUUACACAAGCCCGUUCUACUCACUCACUCAACAGCUCCAAUGUUAAGACUUUACUUAGUAAAACUCAGUCUUCUUCUGGAGUGAAAGCUUCACCCAAGUCACCAGGACGUGGACGUGGUAGCUCUGGAUCACAAAACAUAUUAAGCAUCGCUCAAUCCUUAGCCAGUAGGCAACUUCAGCAACGCACUACAGCCUCUUCAACAUCCACAAAUACCACCACAACCAAUGUUGCUGCAACACAAGUUGGCAGACACCAAGUUUUCCAGAGUACAGCUCCCAAUGCCAGUGUUUAUUCAAACGCAAUGGGUGGUGGACUGGUCUCGCCAGCAUUAGCAGCCUUUAUGGCUUCGGCCUAUGGUGAUGCUUCUGCACUUAAUGAUGUAACUGCCAUGAGAAAUCUUAUCACGCUUAGCCAGACAGCUGCUUGCAUUCGGGAUUUUAAUCUUGCUGCUAUGGUUAAGGCAGCAGAAACUCUUCCUCGUCCUGCAGAUCCCACGCCUAUUGAUCUCUCACCCACAUCAAAAGCCGCUCCUCAGUCCCCACUUACUAAUGGUCGUGCUCACGCCUCUACUAGUGCUGCUGUGGCUUCUAGCACCAAAACACUGGUUUCACACACUUCCAAAUCGCCAUCAUCUAAAAGCAGACGAUCUGCUGAUGCUUCUACUGCACCAACUAUAUCACCUCCCACACCUGAAGUCACCAUUACCAAACUUCCCAAUAACCCUACAUCCACGUCCAAUUCCAGUACAGGAACAGGAAAGAGCAACUUAGGAUCGAUGAAACUUGGCCCCACCAACACAAAUACGGUUUCCAUCACUAAGCGACCAGCAUCCAAUAAUCGGAUUGCUGUGGCCAAGUCCCCUGCAAAUGCUUCUGUCAGACAGAUUCCUAACCCAUCUUAUCUAAGACACCAUUCAGAAGCACGUAACAACGUCUCCAAAUCCACAUCGCAAUCAUCAGUUUCUGGUUCUUCCCAAAACAACACCUCAAAUAAAGCACAUGUAUCAGCUAAACCAUCAACCUCAGGUGGACGAAACACUGGGAAUUCUCCUCUUAAGGAAACUGGUCCAUUACCAGAAACAUCAUCUAUAUUAAAGAUUGAACAUCUCACCAGAUCACUGGCUGCACCUGCUUCACAAUCGUACAGGAUUUUUGAUGAUAGAUAGGAUUAGAUAGAAGUGAAGGAAAUAUCUACUGUAAAGGCUCAAGUCAACUAAAUAAAUGGGAUCAAAUAUAUGAAAGACAUAUGUUUUAUGAAGAUAAUGAAAUAAUAAUUACUAUUCUAUUAUAUAUAUGGUUUUAUCUAAAUCUUAUGAAAGUGCUGCAACUCAGUGCCUUGUUUUUGAGGGAUUGUGGAAGUUCCAUUGAAAUCUGAAAAUAAAAUUGUGUAAAAACUAACACAUUUAAUUAUCGCAUAUGAUGGAAAAUGCAAAUACUACAGUACUUUACAUUAGUAGAAAUAAGAAUGUUUCUUCAACUUUUAUAUUAUCAUUAAAUACUACUUUGUUAAUACAGUGUUUAAAUUUAUAUGAAAAGGAAAACUGUGUGUAAUCAAAUGGUAAUUAAACAACUGUACUCAACAUUAUAUAGUUAAGAAACUUGAGGUGAUCUUGAAAACAUAUCCACCGUCUGACCUUUGAUACUUACGGAUAUUACAACAAAAUAUUUAAUAAAUUUGAAUAAAUUUGAUAGUGCAUGUUUUUUCAUGUACAGUGUAUUUUGGUCAAUUUCAAAAUUUUAUCUUGCAUGUUAAUGGGCAUAUAGGUAAACUCUGCACCAUUUAUUCAUUCCUCAUGAGCAUAUCUACAACUUGGGCCUUAAAGUAGGUCAUGCAUAUCAAAUUUGGUUAAGUAUGUACACUUGAGGGCAUGUUACACACGUUACUGUAUUUUAGUGAGCACUGAAUAUAACGCAAGUUAGAAAGACACGUUUAUUUCAACUUCAGUUGUAAACCAUGAAGUUUACUAACAGGUUCCAUGUGAAUAAUUGUUCCCUUUUUACAAAGGCAUAUAUGUUUGCAAUGCUAAAGAAAUUAUUUAUAAACUAUUUUAAUUUUUAAAUUUUUUCGGUGAGUAAAGAAUAGUCAAAGUUCAUAUAGCUACUGAUAGAUUUAUAUAUUUAUAAAUUGUAUGUGUAUAAUUAUGUAGGUAUGUAUAUGCAUAUCUAAUAGUAACAUAAGGCUGGUGAAUGUGUCAUAAAUUACCUAACUUGUAUAUACUAGUUAUUAUUGUAUAUAAGAGUUAUGUAGAUAAUUUUGAAAUACAAAG